AAAUCUCGUUGUCUUUCUCGCACAGCGCGUGUUGAUAUCGUUGUAUCCUUGCGCUAGUACGAUGAAUGUAUUAUUGAUUAUAUAUCAAAAAUGCCUACUUCAUUAUAAACAUACAAAUGUGUGUUGUGAUUUGUGAUUGCGUUAGUCAGAUAAUGCCUCAAAUAGCUUUCGAGGAUUUUUCCAUUAACCUCAAGUUACGUUAUAGCAUAUGUUAAGUGUCUAUUGUUGAUUUGUGCAUUAUAUUGUAAUAGAAAAGUAUUUAUACAUAAUGUUGUACAGAAGUCGUUACAUGCUGAGGCAAUUUCAACCUUUCAUGAGAUUUUAUCAUGAAGAAGCGUCUGUUAUUGGUAGUACACCAAAUUCUAGCUCGCCAAUUUAUCAGGAGAAUUAUGCGCAAAUGAAAAUCCUUGUUGAUCAGUUGAAGAGCACUGUGGAGAAGAUAGUUGAAGGUGGUGGACAAAAAGCAAGAGAUAGACAUAUAAGCAGAGGAAAGCUUUUACCUCGAGAACGAAUAAAUACCCUUUUAGAUAAAAAUUCUGCUUUCUUAGAGUUUUCACAACUGGCAGGUUAUAAGCUGUAUGAUAAGGAGGAAGUUCCAGCAGGUGGGAUUAUCACUGGUAUUGGAAGAGUAGAAGGUACUGAAUGUAUGAUAAUAACAAAUGAUGCUACUGUAAAGGGUGGCAGUUAUUAUCCUAUAUCAGUUAAGAAACAUUUACGUGCUCAAGAAAUUGCGGAAGAAAAUGAAUUACCUUGUAUAUAUUUAGUUGACAGUGGAGGUGCAAAUUUGCCUAGACAAGCUGAUGCAUUUCCUGAUAAAAUGCAUUUUGGCAGAUCUUUUUAUAAUCAAGCAAACAUGAGUGCUCAAGGAAUAGCUCAAAUUGCAGUGGUUAUGGGAAGUUGCACAGCAGGUGGUGCAUAUGUUCCUGCUAUGGCAGAUGAAAGUAUUAUUGUCAAUAAUCAAGGCACAGUAUUUUUAGCUGGUCCACCUUUGGUAAAAGCUGCAACUGGUGAAGAAAUUUCAGCAGAGGAUUUAGGAGGAGCUGCUCUUCAUUGUCGUCAAUCUGGUGUCAUUGAUCAUUGCGCGAUAGACGACACUCAUGCUUUGCAUCUGGCACGUCAAAUUGUGAAAAAUUUAAAUCGGCAACGAGCUAUGGAUGUAAAAAUAAAUAAAAACAUUGAGUUGCCUGUACAUGCCAUCGAUGAAAUCUAUGGUAUUGUUGGGACAAAUAUGAAACGCUUGUUUGAUGUGAAAGAAGUUAUUGCAAGAAUUGUGGAUGGAUCAAAAUUUGAUGAAUUUAAAGCACAAUAUGGUGAAACUUUAGUCACGGGAUUUGCUAAAAUUUAUGGCUAUCCUGUAGGCAUUGUUGCGAAUAAUGGUGUGUUAUUUUCCGAAAGUGCCCUGAAAGGCGCUCAUUUUGUGCAACUUUGUGCUAAAAGAAAAAUUCCUCUCAUUUUUUUACAAAAUAUUACUGGAUUCAUGGUGGGUAGAGAUGCAGAGUUGGGAGGUAUUGCCAAAAAUGGUGCUAAACUGAUAACAGCAGUAUCUUGUGCACAAGUUCCGAAAAUUACAGUAAUAAUCGGGAAUUCUUAUGGAGCUGGCAAUUUUGGAAUGUGUGGCCGAUCUUAUUCUCCACGGUUCCUUUAUUCUUGGCCAAAUGCUAGAAUCUCAGUAAUGGGAGGAGAGCAAGCAGCUAACGUAUUGGCUCAAGUUAAAAAAGACCAACGUGCAAAGGAAGGCAAACAGUGGACUCAAGAAGAAGAGGAGAAUCUCAAGAAUCCAAUUAUAAAACAAUUUGAAGAGGAAAGCAGUCCAUAUUACUGUAGUGCUAGACUGUGGGAUGAUGGUGUGAUCGAUCCAGCCGACACGCGAGUUGUGCUCGGUUUGAGCUUAUCUGCGAGUCUUAAUGCACCUAUACAUGACACCAAGUUCGGAAUUUUCCGAAUGUAAUGCAUACAAAAUCUUAAUGAAAGUAUACAAAAACACUAUAUUAAUGUUAAAUUUUAUAUGACUUUAUAUCUAAUAUCUUACC